AUGGACAGUGGAGGAGGCGCGUUCUCGCCUGCGCAGGUAAGCUUUAUGACCCCCCAUCCUCGGAACAUAAAAGUCCCUGCAGGGCGAAUGGUACUGCAAGACGGCAUCGUUAGACCUUUGCUGGGGCGUGGGCUAUUGUGUCUGCUACGGGACACGCUGAUGGAUGAGUUGAUACUCACGUGGGUCUCUGUUGACGGAAACGAGGAGCAGCGGUUUCCGCUGCCGCGGGGCAGAGUGCGGCUUAGCUGGGUAGAAAAGUGCACCUCCGGAAGGGUGAUGCUGUUUGACGUAGAUGACGGCAGGCAGCUUUUUUUCUUCUGGAUGCAGUCCCGCUCAACGGAGCUUGCCGACAAGACGAUGAGGCGGCUACAGCACGUUCUGGAGCGGCACCGACACCACCUCCUCAUCGCCCCAAAGUCGGACACAAUUAAAAUGUCAACCUUCCGCAGGGUGCUGGGGGAGGUGUGGGAGGAGGCGGUUGCACAGGACGUGGACCUCGACGCUCUGCUGUCCUCUCCCAAGCUGAUAGAGGCGCUGCAGGAGGACCCGGAGUUCUACAGGUCGAGGCUGAUGAAGCACCUCUCGCCAUCAAUUGCGACGGCGGCGGACACGCCUCUGGACCUGGUUAGCCUUGUACAGGAUUCUCAGGUGCAGUGGGCGUCUGUCAUUCUCAGCACCAUGCUUCGCCGCAAGGAUACAAGUAAUUAUCUUUUUACUCUCUUCUUAGACGCUGCGUCCCCAUGGAGCCUGAGCGUCGUGGCUUUUAUCAUGCAAAUCAUCCAGAUGUAUCCAGGGAGGUGA